GCAUUUCUUUUGUCUUGCGUAUAUAUAAAUCGAAGGUUCUUGUUUACUCGGCGAAGAAAGAAGGCAACUCGCCGCUGUAUUUGAGACGGAGAAGUUAAAAAUGUUGAGAAGAGUGAUCGGUAACAUCGCCGUCCGGCGUCAGCUUCAACGAGCUCUAUCCAGCAAAGCCGGUGGAGGAAGUGGAAAGCCAAGCGACGUUUCAGCUGCGGUGGACUCGAUGCUGCUCCGUUCCCUAAAGGAACAUUACCUCGAAGUCUCCAAGAUGACUCCUCCUCCCAAAGUGACACCUCCUUCACCGUUCGAGAUUGUGAAAGGCUCCCUUGAAGGAACUGGCGCUGUUCUGAGGAAAUCUGUUGGGAACGAAGAGAUUAAUCUCUUUGUGAUGAGGUUGGCUCACGGAGGUGAUGAUGAAGAUGAAGAUGGGAUUAACCAGCUGUUCCUCCACGUGGCUGUGUCGAAGCCAAACCAGGCUGAGUCUCUGCAUUUCCUUUGCGGGCUUUACCCGGAUGCGUUGGGGAUUCACUCUGUUUCCAUGAGGCCGAAGCUCGAGGAUUUGGAGUUGUCUGAUGAUCCUGCUCGUUACACUGGCCCUUCUUUCGAGGAGCUUGAUGAGAAGAUGAGAGAUGUAUUCCAUAGCUACCUAGAGGAGCGAGGUGUGAACGAGAGUCUUUUCCCUUUUCUUCAAGCAUGGCUUUAUGUUAAGGAUCAUCGAAACUUGCUUCGAUGGUUCAAAUCAGUUGGCACGUAUGUGCAUGAAAGCCCUUCUUCGGAAAACAACGCCUAGGGAGCUCAAUCAGAAGAUCGUAUCAUUUCAGUUUUUUGGUAGAGGUUUAUGCAGUAUUUUCAGUCUUAAAUGAUACAGCUUCAGGGUCUGAGUCACUUUUGCUUCUUUUAAACCGUUCAAGAAAACAUAUGCAUCAAGCUGUAAUGUUGUUCAAGUUUAGAAAAGUUCAUUUUUAUUGACUC